CAGCCGAACGUUUGCCGCAAGUUUUGCAAUCUGAGUUUCCGACAAUUUUUGGUGUUAUUUCCCCGCAUUUCGUGCUGCAAAUAUGUCCAACAUUAACCUGAGUUCGAUAUCAAGUGCACUCGACGAAGCACCAACCAAAACGGGUGUUAGUUUUUUGGGAAAGGCCCUAAAAUGGGAAACCGAAGCCGGAGCCAAGGAACUGAUCGACGCCAUCGAGACAUGUGCCAGUCUGCAGUUCCUGAACCUGGAGGGAAACACGCUCGGUGUGGAGGCCGCCCGGGGAAUUGCCAAAGCGCUGGAAAAACAUCCGGAGUUGAGGGAAGCACUGUGGAAAGAUCUGUUUACUGGCCGGAUGAAAACGGAAAUCCCAAUGGCACUUAAGGUAAUGGGUGAAGGAAUGAUCACGGCUGGCGCUCAACUGACGGUGCUGGACUGUUCAGACAACGCCUUGGGACCAAACGGGAUGACCGGAUUGGUUGACUUACUACAAAGUACGACCUGCUACACACUUCAGGAAUUAAAACUGAAUAACUGCGGCUUAGGUAUCACGGGAGGGAAAAUGUUAUCCAAAGCGCUUUUGGCAUGCCAUCAGGCCAGUUAUAAGCUAGGUAAACCCCUACCUUUGAAAGUGUUCAUCGCCGGACGAAACAGGUUAGAAAAUGAUGGAGCCAAGGCACUGGCGGAGGUUUUCGGAGCCGUCAAGACCUUGGAGCACAUCGAGAUGCCUCAGAAUGGAAUCUAUCAUCCAGGAAUUACGGCUCUAUCGGAAGCAUUCAAGCAGAAUAAGAAUUUGAGGGUGCUGAACUUGAAUGAUAACACCAUUAGACCAAAAGGAGCUGCUGCCAUCGCUGAAGCUAUUUAUGAACUUGAAUAUUUGAAGGAAAUCAAUUUCGGAGAUUGUCUUUUGAAGACGAAAGGAGCUCUUCUCCUUGGGGAAGCCUUGCAGGAGGCUCACACGGACAUAAUGGUGCUGAAUUUUGGUUUCAACGAAAUUGGUCCAGAGGGCGGAUACGCGAUUGUGAAUGCUACUUAUAACAAAGAUAACUUAACAUCGUUGAUUCUGGAUGGAAAUCAGUUUGGGUACGACUGCCGAGUACAGUUGAAGGAUACUUUGGGUGAAUACGGUCGAUUGGAUACCCUUGGUUCACUGGACGAAGAUGAUUCCGAAGGAGAAGAGGAGGAAGAUGAGGACGAAGGAGAAGAAGACAUUGAAGAGGAGGAAGAGGAAGAGGAGGUAGAGAAUGCUGAAGGUGAAGAUACGGAGGAAGAGGAAAGUGACGCUGGUGAGUCCUUCCAGAAGGAAGCGAAGGAAUCCAUCCAAAUUUCUAAAAUAACAUCAACCGAGCCGGAAAUUCGAAACUUGUUGGCAGAGAACAACAACGCUACAACGAUAGACUUGGAUCAAUCCCUUCCCAACACGGUGGAAGCCUACUGUCAGACUCAUUACCCAUCUGAGACCAUGUUCAACUCGCUGGAAGAGCCAAACAAGGCGGAAGCAUUCCGAGAGUAUUUCAGAUCCCUGCCAGACGAAGACUAUCUGGUAUAUUUAGCGUUCACCAUUCUUAAACUGUCGGAAAUUUCCGAGAAGAGCAAAGAAGCGCUGGAAGUUUCCGAGGCUCUUUUUGCCGAUGCCUACGAGUAUGCCAAAACCAACAACCGACUCAAGAGUUUGAGGAACUUCUUGCUCAUCCAGCUGGGACUGCUGAAGUGCGAAGAAAGAUCAUUCAAACCCGGAUACAAUAUGCAGGGGUGCCGUCAUGCACUAAAAAAUGCCAUCACUAAGAACAUCGUGCCCGAGGAGGAACAGGGUUUCUUCAAAGUGUUCUUGGAACAUCGAGGUUGAGGUAAGAAUGCGUUUUAAUCAUUAUUCUGUAUGAACAUUUGAACUAUUAUAUUAUGAUUAAUAAUUUAAAA